GCCCAUAAAUCGUUUGAGAUUGUGUGCUCCAUUCUGUUCCAGCGGUCAUUUUUCUUUUCUUUUUUUUCCUCUCUUCCUCCAAUGAAAAUGCAAUCCUUAGAUUUCUGAAAAAACCCUAAACGCAUCUCUUUUCGACUUCUGCCCUUUCAAGAACUUCGUGUAAUAUCUUCAAUGGCGUCGAUUUCUUCCUUAUCUUUCACUUCAUUAGUACAAGCUUCCAAGAAGAGAAAUUCAUUUUCAUUUAAUCAAGCUUUUAAUUCCAAUUCCGAUGGAUUUCGAUUUCAACCCAGCUCAAUCCAUAUCAGAACCACAAAUUCUUCAAGCUCCCGGAUGGGUAUUCAGUGUAUGACUUCCGGAACAGACAUUCCGCCGACUGUAGCUGAAACAAAAUUGAAUUUCCUUAAGGCGUACAAGCGACCAAUUCCUAGUAUAUACAGCACUGUGUUGCAGGAACUGAUUGUUCAACAGCAUCUGACAAGAUAUAAGAAGUCAUAUCGAUAUGAUCCUGUAUUUGCUCUUGGAUUUGUCACUGUGUACGAUAGACUCAUGGACGGUUAUCAAAGUGAUGAGGAGCGAGAAACAAUUUUCAAAGCUUACAUUGAAGCUCUAAAGGAAGAUCCUGAAGUAUACAGAAAGGAUGCACAAAAGUUGGAAGAAUGGGCCCGUACUCAGAAUGCAAGUUCUUUGACUGAGUUUUCGUCUAAAGAGGGGGAAGUUGAGGGACUCUUGAAAGACAUUUCAGAACGGGCUGCGAGUAAAGGAAAUUUUAGCUAUAGCCGUUUCUUUGCGGUUGGGUUAUUUCGUAUUCUUGAGUUAUCAAAUGCAACAGAGCCUGCUGUCUUAGAAAAGCUUUGUGCUGCCUUGAACAUAGACAAGAGAAGUGUGGAUAGAGACCUUGAUGUAUACCGUAACCUGCUUUCCAAGUUGGUUCAAUCGAAGGAACUGUUGAAGGAGUUUGUCGCAAGAGAAAAGAAGAAAAGAGAAGAAAGGUCAGAACCUCAGAAAGCUAGUGAGGCUAUUUCCAAAUGCUUAGGAGAUUUUCAUCUGUAGGCCUGUAAAGUUAGCAACCUCUCGUGCAUGACUGUCCAAGAACGUUCAACAUUGACUCACAUUUUUUCUUGCAAUCGGACCCAACAACUUCGGAUACAUUUUCUCACGCAAAGUGGACCGAACAAGGUCCCGGGUUAUUUUUCAGUCAACUAAUGCUUAUUUGCUUCAAAUGUAUCUAGGGAUGUUUGUAUAUGGAAGAUGCAUAUAUGUAUACAAAAACAAUCCAUAAUGAGCCAAAUUUCAGUACUGAGUUUUACAUAUUGUUGCACCUGAAAUUCAAUAAUGCAUAUUUCCUCC